GCUGUUUGUCUUCUCUUUUUUCCUCUUUCCUCUCCUCCCACCUCUGUCUCCUUUCCCCAGUUCUGCCUCAUACUUUGCCCCCUCAUGCUUUGCCUGUAUGCCCACAGAGCAUGCUAUAACAAGUAUAACUCCACCCUGUGAAAGAACUGAAGGCUUUGGGGAAAAUCCAGUGACUGAACUCUUAACUACUGAUAUGUAAGUCUCAUAGCGCCUGUGUGCAAAGGUGCUACUUCCCCAGCAGUUGCUAGCUAGCAUGCAAUUUUGAAGGGGCGGCGGAAUCCUGUUCACAUAGCUGAGAUGUGAUUCGUCAAAUUUGCAGAACUUUCCCCUUAAAAUCUCUACACGACUACCAGUCGUACACCCCAGGAGGUUUUUCUUUUCUUGGUUUCUUUUUUCUUUUUUUUUUUUUUUCCUUAUGUUGAGACAUUGACUUGCAGCUUCUCAGAGUGCAUGUCAGCUAUAAUCCAGUCUCCAGCAAGUUACACUGACAUCAUGAACUCAGAAGCUGAAGAAUCAAAGGAAGUGGCUACAGAUGUCUUUAAUUCAAAAAACCUGGCUGUGCAGGUCCAAAAGAAGAUCCUUGGGAAAAUGGUAUCCAAAUCUAUAGCAACAACCUUGAUUGAUGAUACAAGCAGUGAUGUUUUAGAUGAACUCUAUAGAGUAACAAAGGAAUACACUCACAACAAGAAGGAAGCUGAGAAGAUCAUCAAGAAUCUAAUCAAAACUGUCAUCAAGCUGGCCAUCCUGUACAGGAAUAAUCAAUUUAAUCAAGAUGAACUAGCAUUAAUGGAGAAGUUCAAGAAGAAAGUUCAUCAACUUGCAAUGACCGUGGUCAGUUUCUAUCAGGUUGAUUUUACCUUUGACCGGAAUGUAUUAUCCAGACUCUUAAAUGAAUGUAGAGAGCUGCUUCAUCAGAUCAUUCAGCGUCAUCUAACUGCCAAAUCCCAUGGACGGGUUAACAAUGUUUUUGACCACUUUUCAGAUUGUGAAUUUUUGGCUGCCUUGUACAAUCCUUUUGGAACCUAUAAGCCUCACUUGCAAAAACUCUGUGAAGGUAUCAACAAAAUGCUGGAUGAAGGGAACAUAUGAAAACCUGGAUUAAAAUUUUGACUGCUGAUGCAUUUCUUGUAAAUGGAGCACUGCUGAUUUAUGAAGGAAAAUAAAAAUAGAAACCUAGGGUUGUUUUUUGUUGUGGUUUUUUUUUUUUUUUUGAGAUUAUAGAUACUUCAAAAAGACUUUGCCAAAUCAAUCAAGAUUAAACAUCACAUCAGAUUGCUAUAUGUAGGCCUUGAUUUUUAUUUGAUGAGGAGAAUAUUGCCAAAAUAUCUGAUUAAAAGCUACCAAAUGUUUAACAUGUCAUGAAAAUUAUGUUAAAUAAUAUAAAUGUAUUUAUAGCCCCUGGAAAGAACUUUUUUAAGGAAACUCUUUGUGAUGAUGGUACACCCAUUACAUCUAACAUGUAUAAAGUUAUAUAUUUUUUUACUUAUUUUCCUUCUUGAGGUGUGUUUGCUCAAAACAAAAGAAAAAAAAUCUUCCUUUUGAUGCCAAUGCUACUUUAGAAACAAUUUGAGUUUUCUACUUCUAUUCUUGAUGCUUUUGCAAAGUUUUCCUCAAUAGUGUUAAAAUCCACUUCAAGCCAAAUCAAUUGCCAUGGAAAUUUUACUUUGAUUUUCAUACCCUUAGAGAUAAAGUUUUACCCUUUGAGGAACAGGAAAUUAUAUUUAAAAGAAUUCAUAGUAUAAUAAAAUAUGUGAAAAGAUGAAUAACGUGUGUGCCCAUUUAGUACUGAUGGUGAUAUCUAUGUUUCCCAAAAUGUAAUGGGGCCAUGUUUACUUUGAGUGUUUGUUAGUGCACUUAAUGAGUAUAACCUUGAUUUUGUUUUGAAAGUAUGUUUAUGUUAAAUGUGGGCAAGACAAAUUUCAAAACUAAGAGAAAAAAGAAUGACAAUCUGGAAUGGUAUGAUAUUGGUAUAGGACUCUUGGUAUGGGACCAUCAAAAGCAAGUGUAGUUUAAAAAAAAAAAAGAAAAAAAAGAACUUCCCAAAAAGCAAAUAGAUCAAAAUGAAUGGAUUUCAGAUAUUUGAGAGGUUUUGUUGUGAAUACAUAGAAUGUCACUUUUUUAUUUAAUUACCAAAGUUGUUUAUUUUUUUGUUGGAUAUUUUGAUGAUUAAACCAAAGAACAUUUGCACUUACA